CCUUUAAACUGCACUUAAAACAAAUCAAGCAUACAUCACACAUAACCGCUACUCCAUUCGCCGGUCGCCGGAGCUCCGAUUACCGAUAAAUUCCCCGGUGUCGAUAAAUCUCCAGGUUUGUAAAUCUAAAUAUUCCACAUGAGAUAGACCAAUGCUGUUCGACUUGAUUUAUUUAGGAAAAGGUAGCUUUUUCCUUCAAAGAGCUAGAGUAUGUCUGCUCCACAGGAUGGGAUCUUAGGGCGACCGAAGGCAGAAUGGACUCCAACUCGAGAUGCUUAUCUGGUUGAACUUUUUAUUGAGCAACACAACUGUGGAAGAACUGCUUACAAUGAAUUCAAAAAUGAAGUGAUCAGAUCUGUCACUCAUGAUUUUAAUAAGAAGUUUGGUAUGAGUUUGGAGGAAAACCAAAUUAAAAACCGUUACAAUGUGAUGAAGAAAGAAUAUGGUGUUGUUAAAACUCUGCUUAGUCAUACAGGAUUUGGUUGGGAUGAAACGCGGCAAAUGGUUGUGGCUGAUGAUAAAGUUUGGGAUAGCUACAUUGCGGUACGAAGUGAGGCAAGGCCUUUUCGGCGAAAGAGCUUUCCCCUGUAUAAACAGAUGUCCAUCAUAUUUGAAGGAGAAAGAGUUGGCGGAAAGUUCCUGGUUCCAAGUGGACUACCGGUUGAAACUGAAGAGGGAAACAGCAAUACAGAAACAGUGAGAUCAUCAGAGCCGGUUAACCUUGCUACACAGGUAGUUGAUGGUACCCUUGAUUCUGAUUCAAUAAUCCGCAUAAAUGACAUACAACCAAGGAAACGAAAAUUUGUUGCUGGUUCGGCAUCAGGUCGUAAGAGAAGAGCAUGCGAUAACGUUGGAGAGACACUAGAUAAUGCUUUGUAUGAGAUGUUCUCAGCAGCCACAAUGAGAGCUGUGCAAAUGAAUGCCAUGAAUGAGAAAACUAUGUAUCAAAAGUGCCUAGAGGAUCUGCAGAAAUUGGAAGAGUUGGAUGAUAAUGAGUUCAUAAAUGGUGUUAAUGUUCUUAAAGAUGAUAAGAAUGCAAUUGCAUUCAUGACAAUCAAAGGACCUCGACGCUUGAUGUGGCUGAGGUCUCUAUGGCAAGUCUAGUAACCUUAAUUAUA